AUGUCUCAGCAGCCGCGGGAUGAUGAAGAUGAUGAUUCGAUGAAGAACUCGACGACGCCUACUCCUCCUCCUCCUGAAAAGAACAACGAGUCUUCGUUAGAAUCAAAAUACUCCGCGCACAACAGACUCCCUGCUUUACUCUACACCAUCGGAUACCUGACGUUCUCCACAAUCACCGUGGUUUCGAACAAACAUUUAAUCAAAGACGCUGGAUUUGGGAACCCGAUAUUCGUCUCCUCGUGCGGGACGAUGUUCGCGUUCGCGCUCUCGACGAUACUCGUCCACGGAAAAUUCGUGUCUGUUUCAGAACCAAAGAUGACGUUUAAAGAGUGGUUCAAAGUGUGCGUCCCGGUAGGGUUCUUUUCAUCGAUAACCUUAGCGUGUGCGAACAUUGUAUACGUGUACUUAUCGUUAUCGUUCGUACAAAUGUUGAAAGCGUUCGUUCCCGUCGUCACGUAUAUAACGCACGUGUUCGUCGGGACGGAUAAGUACAACUCGGAUUUUACGGUGAGUUUACUCGCCAUGGUUCUCGGUGGGAUGAUGUGCAUGAACGUGAGCGGGAAAGCGACCGUGAUUGGAGUGUGCGUGAUGUUUGGGUCGCACUUCGCGGAAGCCAUUAGAACCGUCGGCGCGCAGUGGCUGUUAGUGAAUAGAAAGUUUGGCGUGAUCGAGAGCAUGUAUUACUUCGCGCCGGCGACGGUGGUGUUUUUUAUACCUUUAGUGGUGUAUUUUGAAGGCAGUUCGUUGCAAGCGCCGGGAAUUUCCUCCAUUGCGAAUAAGUACUGGUAUUUAUUCGUCGUGUCUUCCUCCUGGGGGUGUUUAGUCAACGCGUGCGGCCUCGGCGUGGUGAAGAACAUCGGCGCCGUCUGGUUCAAAGGCAUCAACAAUAUCAAGAACAUCUUGUUACUGUUCUUCGGGAUUUUAGUCUACGGCGACGUGGUCACCGUCUUGCAAGCGUUCGGAUACGCGCUCUCCUUAGCCGGGUUUGGGAGGUACACGUACGUCAAGAAUACGCAAAUGCUUAGCGAGAGUAGUAGUAGCGAGAGUAGUAAAAGCGGCGAACGCAACGACGAGGAGAAUCCGCCUUUAGCAUCAUCAUCACGAACAGAAACGACAAAGACAAAAACAGCGUUUCCGGACGAGAGAGAACCGUUGCUUCAAAAAUAA